AAUGACACAAAAUACUCCUUCUUCACAUUUUGUCAAAAAAUUUAACAGCAAUCAGUGAAAUAUAAUCGGAAUAUGUGAUCAUAACAAAUCUAAGUGUGAAAUGACUAUUACUUUUAGUAAAUUAGCUAAAUUACAUCUCAUGAUUAAUGUUUUCUUUCAGUUCCACGAAUGUAGCGAGGUAUAUUAUUUUCCGUAUAAUACUACGUUGCGAGUCUAUAAUGGUGAACCAGCGACGCCUGCUGAAUUGCCUUAUCAGAUAGCGUUAAAAACGAGAGCAGAAUAUGAUAAUGGCUUGUUUUACACAUUCUGUGGUGGCGCCCUGAUUAGCCGCUCCAAAGUAUUGACGGCAGCACAUUGCUUUGUUCGAGAGAAUAAUGUUGUAGUCGCCAUCUGUCAAGGGUACACAUAUUUGCAAGAUUUAACAGACAAAUAUGCUGUAGCGGGAACAUUAAGAAAUAGGGCUCGUCAAGAAGAAGCACACGAGCAAUGGAGAACCAUAUAUAAUGUUAAUUAUCCUGCUUCGUAUAAAUUCCCGGAGCAUGACAUUGCUGUUCUGUUCGUAUUUCCCUACACUUUAAACGAUUUAGUGAAACCGAUCAAAAUAGCAAAGACAUAUGAAAAUUAUGAAGGAUACUGCUUGGUAUCAGGGUAUGGUGAAGUUUCCAAUCAGGUUACAUCCGACACCUUAAUGAAGGCAUACGUGUUAAUCCUUGCAAAUAAUAAAUGCCCUCGCGUCACUCAAUAUAGAGAUCUCGAAUAUAACAUAUGCACAUCAGCCAUUGGAACAGACAUCGGGAGGGGAGAUUCAGGAAGCCCUUUAGUCUGCACAAAGACAAACGCUGACUCGAGUAAAAGUAAUAUUUUGGUUGGUAUUGCAAGUGGCGCAUACCCUGGCCAAAAUGCUUUCUUCACGAGAGUGUCGGCGUAUACGGAUUAUAUUCAUGGAUGUGCGAAAAUUAACGAAAGUUCUUUUUUAAUUAUCUGUACUUUCACAUUAAUACAAAGUUACAUUGGUUUGCUGAAAGUCAAAGAAUAA